AUGUCACAGAGGGAGGCCAACGGGGUAGCAGCAAUGCCAGGAGUGGGACAUAAUCACCCGAAGGCCAAACCUUGGGUGCUCCCAGGCAUUAGCAGGAAGAGGAGCCGCCUGGGCAGAACAAGACAGGACGUGUGGGGAGAGAGCUGGAGCAACCAGAGGUGGAACAGAGCGACCCUUGGCGCCCGAGAGGCCAGGGUGAGGAACCCGACAUGGGGCAGGAGCGAGGCUGGUCCUGAAAAUGCUGCACGGGAGCGGAGUCGGGUAAGGACCCUGCGCCAGGCCUUCCUGGCCCUGCAGGCCACCCUGCCAGCCGUGCCACCCGACACCAAGCUCUCCAAGUUGGAUGUGCUGGUGCUGGCCACCAGCUACAUAGCCCACCUCACUCACACCCUCGGCCAUGAGUUUCCUGGCCCUGCCUGGCCCCCCUUCCUGCGUGGACUCCGCUACUUGCAUCCCCUCAAGAAAUGGCCGAUGCGCUCUCGUCUCUAUGCUGGAGGCCUCGGCCUCGGGUGCUCCGGCCUUGACUCCACCACAGCCACCACCUCAGGCCAAAGGAAGAGGGAUGAGGAGGCCAAGCCUGAGGUCUCUGCAGAGAUACAGUCUCUCCUCCUCGCCAGACCCUUCACUCCAGCUCUCGAUGAAAAAUGA